UGCCAGUCCAGUAAAUGUCAGAUAGCAUGUGGGUGAAUGUCAUUGCUGGAGUAACUAAAAAACUAAGGGAAAACUAAAUCAACAUGUCGUGGGCAGUAGUGAUUACUCCGUUUGAUGGACGCAGAAUUACCAAGGUGGUGGCAUUAUUUGUUGAAGUUGGGGACACAGUUAAAAUAAUAGAAAAGACCUCAGAAAAGUGGUGGCUGUGUACGGACGGAGUUGAGACUGGCUACCUUCCUCCUCACUGCCUCCUAGUUACUCAGCAGGAGGAUGGUGAAGAAGAAGAAGAGGAGGAAUCAGAGUUCAGCUCUGUUGAUCUGGAUAUAACCUCCAUUCUAAAGUCAGAGAGUGAUGAUGAAAUGAGCUCACCUAGCAGAUCAAGUUCAGACAAAAAGGUAAAGUUCAAAGCCGAGCACACGGUUCACCUUAUCAAGAAAGACAGUGAAAUAGGGACUAAAGAACUGGGCAAGGUUCACUUUACUGAACCGAUACUGCAAGACGAUCCAAAUUCAGACAAAAAGGUCCCACGAAUAAAAAGAAAGGUGUCAUUUGGUUUCAGCAAGGAUAAAUCUUACGGCUACUUUGUCAAUCCGCUAUAUAAAAAAUCUUGUGAAACAGAAAAAAACAAAAAAAAUGCGUGUGACAAGGACGUUUGUAACCAGUGGAGAACCAACACCCACACUGACUGCUACAACCUGAACCAGUUUAGAGAGAAGGGCCUCCCCACCUCUGGCAGCGAGCCAGAGCCCGGGUUCAUAUCCAGCUCUGUGGGGUUUGUGACCGGUCUGUGUGGUGGGCGACGGAGGGAGACUGACAUGAGGGGCUUCAACCUCAUGGCGUUCAUUAUAUCAGGAGAGUAG